AUGGUUGUGACUAAAGAAGUACGUCUUCCAACGAUCGCAGAGCUAGAUACGCAAGAAAUAAAUUUGUCAACAACGACGCUGAUGUCUGCCGCUCCUUAUCUGGGGAAGUCAUGUGAGAAUAUCAAUAAUGAGUUCAUGCUAUGUCGUCAAGAAUUGAAUGACCCACGAGCUUGUAUAGGAAUAGGAAAAUUGGUCACUGCCUGCGCUAUGCAAGUAUUCCGUAGAAUCAAAGCGGACUGCCUGGAAGAGUUCAAUCAGUACGCUAAUUGUAUCGAUAAAAGCUCCGGUGAUUUCGCUUACACACACUGCCGAAAAACUCAAAGGGCAUUUGAUGAUUGCAUGAGCACUAAAUGUCAAUUGGAUCGACCUGAUUUUGGUUAUUUCUGCCGUGCUCGCGUGCACCGCAGCUCUUGUCCGGAGCCUGCGGCGCCGCCGUGCCCCUGCCACUCGCCUGUGUCGGAUCCAACACCUUCGUUGCCCGACUGUAAGCCUAGAGAUUCUCCUCGGUUUGGAAGUCGUCUGUAUUGGUUUAUGGAAUAG